AUGACUGCCCACCGACUCUCCGUCGUGUCAGCCACCGGCACGAUUGUCACCAACCCGAGCGCCACCACCAUCCACUCCGCGCCGGACAUUACGAGCAUAAAGUCCGCCCCGGUCCCGAUCGCUACCUCUAUCUCGGCUCCGAGCUCCCCCGCGCUGCGCCGGGCCGUAGGAAUCGCUAGCUCGACCGCCGCCGGAAUCGCAAGCUACCGCAAGCUGCGCACGCUCUUCAUCAAGCACCAGCGGGAUGCGACGAUCGACUACGUGGAUUCGCUCAACAAGUACCUGAAGUGGGCUGACGCUCUGAUUGAGUCCAGGAACGUCCCGCCGGGCGAGCUCUACACCGAGCUCAUCGAGUUCCGCGCCGCGUUGUUCAACUUCAUCCACAACGACAGCGAUCACUUCUUCGACUACGACGUCGCCAUGUGCGUCUGGGUCCCCCAGGCUAUCAAGUUCAAGCCCUACGCGAGGAAGUUUGACAAGUGGAAGGAGGCUAUCGUCUUGGAUUUCGCGGAGAACGGCGUCUCGUCGAAUCCGCCGGUGAGGAGUCUCUGGGAGAGGGGAUACUAG